AUGGCGUACGUAAACCGCAGUGACAUCUGUAAUGACCAAAGGGUGUUCUGGCUAGCGGCGUGCAGCGCGUCUGUUUGCGGCUGCAGUCACGUGUGGGGAGCAGCUAUGGAGGCAUUCCAACAUAGUGCCGUGAGCUUCGCACCCGACACAACGUACCUCCACUGGAACACCGGGUUCCCAGCUGUCACGGUGUGUGAGAAAUUAGACAAGAACAAGAUAUGGAACCUAGCAGAGAGGAUGUACCCGAAGGCAGACAGUGCAACGCUGAGCAAUCUGGUAAUGUAUCUGAGAGAAAUGAUUUACUACAAGGGCAAAUGCAGUAACUGCCACAUACAUUGCAGCGGUCCAACAGAAUGCCCUAGAAAUAUUUUAGACUUGGCCAAACAGGUUUUAUCAAGUUGCUCCUCUUUGCUGGGAGACUGUUUCUGGAAUAGCAAGCAAUUCGACUGCUGCGAGAAGUUUUACCCAGAGCUCACGCCCUACGGGAUCUGUUACGCCAUCAACUCAUAUCAAACACCGAGGAACAUCACUAACCAUAAAACAAUUGAUCUAAUAUCGAACAAAAUCACUGGUCCUGGAAGUCUUCAGUUUAAAACGUUUGUCGAUUCUGAGAUAUACGUCCAUUCGCCUGAAGAUGCCUUCCACUUGGGACAACAGGCUGAACCAGAUCUGGGAAACAGCGGGUUGGGAUACUCCUAUACUGUAUACUUUCGUAUAACGGAAAUAGACAACGAUCCCCACAUUUCAAGCCUAAGCGUGUCACAGAGAGGCUGCGUAUUGCAACAUGAGAACCCACUGCGCAUGUACAAACUGUACAGCUCCUCAGCGUGCAUCACAGAGUGCCAGGCUAAGGCGCAGCUGCAAGUGUGCGGUUGCGUCCACCACUACGCAACAGGUUUAGGCAGGAUAUGCGACCUAGAAGGAAUUAUGUGCAUCCAUAAAUACUCAGAAUUCCUGUACGAAAUAACAGCUACGGGACACCCAGAACUAAAUGUAUCUUGCGCAUGCGCGACGCCGAGCUGCUCCGAGCCGGAGUACACCAUGUUAACCACCGCUCCUAUAUAUAUGAACACUUCUGACUGGAGCCACUACCAACUGCAGAUGCUGUCAUUGCCAACUGUGAGAUUCAGAAGGAACGUCAUACGAAGCAAACUGGGCUUAGUUGGUGAAUCUUACACAUAUAAAUUUCAUUCCAUUGCUAACACAAUAAAACAAUUAUUCACUUUUUUCGAUCACAUGAUAAAUAUUAAUCUCUCCUGUGCCCCUCAAAAUGGACAGACUAACAGGACGAAUGCUAUAUUCUUGAUUGCAGUGUCAAUGGGAGGUGCAACCGGUCUCUUUCUUGGUGCCAGCCUCAUCAGUGCUGUGGAGCUGAUUAUGUACUUCUGUGUCCGAAUAAUACCAAGGAAGCAACAGAGGCGAAUCAAUGCUUCACAUGUCUUACCAGUGGUUCUUUAGUCAAAACUCUUAUUACUGAAUUUCAGUUAAACGUUUUAUAGCGAAACUCUAAGGGACCUAAGUAUUUUCCCAUUUGGGGCAGCUUUCCUACUAAAAUAUGCGUUUAUAAAUUUAAAUAUGUUCCACAGCACUCACUCCAUGUAUUUAUAGCGUAUUAUCUCGUGUAUGAGGCACUAUAUCGCUAAUUCAUACACUCUGCAAUCACUACAGCACAUACUAGUCGUUUCCUGGGAACGGAUCCUAACAAUGUCCAAUGCUUACAUCUUUACCAGCUGACUGUAAUCUCAAAAC